AUGGCCAGUAAUCAAGGUUCCUGGAGUCGCCUACCUCCCGAGAUUCAAAUGGAAGUCAUUCGUUUCUUGCCAAGUGUCGGCGGGAAGUGCAGUGAGCUUGCAACCGUUUGCCGAGCCUGGCAAAUAAUCCUCGAACCGCUUAACUUUGCAGAGAUCAGCCUGACAGUACCGCGCCUUAUGGACCCCAAAUCCCGAGACAUUCUAUCCAGAAAGAGAGACCUCAUCCGCUAUAUCUGGUUUCGUAUAGAGCUGAAGGACUAUGAUUGCAUUCGAUGCGGCAAUGAAGACUCUGACUUAGACGGCUUAGGUGAUGUCAAUAAUCAGUUUAUUACAGAUGCGUUGGAAGGCCUGUUUACGAUGUUAAGCGUAUGGGAGCCUCGUGGUGAUUUGGUACUCGAUAUCAGUGUCUAUUCGCCUAGUGACGAUAAGCACUGGUUUAAGUACCUAACUUUCUACUCAGACACCGAUCAAGCCGAGUGCCCGCCCGAAUACGAACGAAACGACCCGGCUCAUGGAUGGAUUGAUGGACGACAAACCAUGGCCCCAACCUGGAUGGCUACCGAGCGCGUAUUUGAAGAGAUCUUUGAUACAGGACCUUUCGACGAUGAAACACUCGAGGUGGAAUGGUGGAGGAGUCUCCCCUUGGUACCUGCCGUCGGUAGCGUGCUAUUUCGUCAACAAACUCGCAGACGAUGGAGGCCAGUGACACUCGCGAGCAUGUUGACACGUUUCCCAAAUAUCAAGGAACUUUGUUAUGAGCCUUGGAGAGAAUUGGACAUGAUUGAGAUUUUAACCGACGGCUAUACUGGAAAACUAAUCGAAUCCUUUUCCUCGACACAAUUAUGCAGGCUGACCAUAUUCGAGAAUUUCAAGGAGUCUUACCGAGAUGAAUGGCAGAGGGGGACACGUCGACCAUGUCCUGCUGUCAGAGUUCCGGAUCCUGCCGUAACCCAGAAGCUUGCCCGCGCUAGCUUGCAUCUCAAAACACUAUCUGCCUCUUUCAUGGUCGAUGCCGAUCACUUCUUCGCAGCACGUCAACCCUAUUGGACAUGGGAUGUACUGACGUCACUUGCGUUAACAUCAAGUAUCCUCACCAACGAUGCAGACCCUAUGGACAUAAAUAAUAUGCUCCAAAGCGCCGCAGCCGCAGCCCUCAAGAUGCCAAGUCUGGAUAUACUAGAGAUAUGGAACGGUAGACGAGGUUUAGCAAUGGUCUUUCAGUACAAGAAGAAACCGGCGAUUCUCACUAUCCGAGGGACAUGGGAGCUUGAACUAGCGCCCGAGGUUAGGCGAGCGUGGGAUGCGGUCGCUCACGAGGAGGUUGUCGUGCAAAGGUCGUUGAUCGAUUUGGAUAAAAUACGAAGCCAUGGGGAUGCGAUCCGCGAGUUGGGAUUAUCUGCCGAGGUUGUUCGACCUGUCUCGCUACAACAAAUCCUGAUCGAAAAUCGGUUUCAGAUCCAUAGUGCUUUAAUCUCUAAUGUCUUCAAAUCCGAAACGCCAUGUGUGGCUAUUACCCCUCAGUAA